GGGUUUCUACGAUGGAAGUCUUCGGCUGGAUCUGUCGGACCUCAAGUUUGUCACCACCUCUGACCUCAACAACUUCAACCAGGGCGGCUCAGUGACCGCUUCUGCUGGCAGUACCUGGGGGGAGAUUUAUGAUCAGGUGGAGAACGUUGCUUUCCCUCGCGCCAUUGCGGGUGGCUCCCAGUCUCUGGACACCGUGGAUACCUUCACGAUGACCGGUGGUCUGGGCCCUCUGUCCCGUACUCUGGGUCUGGCCGCGGACAGCCUACAGAGUGCCCGGAUGGUUCUGGCUGACGGACGUCUGGCUACUGUCAGUGCUGGCGGGGUGACCGUCACUGAUGCUGAUGGAGAAGUCAAAACGUACGAAGAUUACGAUCUCAUCCGGGCUCUGAGAGGAGGAGGGAUCACAUGGGGUGUUCCCGUGUCCUUCACCUUCAGCCUGACCCCAACCCCUGUCCAGUUCGCUAGUCUGACCGCCUCCUACCUGAUAGUGGACAACGGUCAAGUAACGGGCAGAUCUACUCUCAGGAGUAUUUUAGGACAGAUGGCCAGCUUGAAUGUGCAAUGGGGCGGCUACAUCUCUAUUGAUGGGGCUCCAUCUAACUCCUUCCCCAACGACAGGGAGCAAGAAAAACACCUACGUUAUGAACACCUUGCUCAACGCUGACGUCAUCACUGACCCCAAUAAGCUGGACCAGUUCGUCGAACUUAUGAUGGACGUUGUCAACAGUCCAACUGUCACCUCCAACUACCGCUGUGUCGGAAAACUCGCCGGCGGGAAAGUGGGCUCCCCCAACAGUAACACCUACGUCAGCGAAAAAAUGCGUGACGCUCUUUUCUCCUGGACUUGUGCUCUUUCCUGGGACGAGGGGAUUACUAG